AUGGAAGGUGGUGGGAGGAGAAUUACUGUGAGUCCGAGACCCUGCUGUGGCCGUCGUGUGGUGGCGAAGAAGAAGCAGGGUCGUGGUGGUGCCGGCGAUGGGUUUAUCAACAGUGUUAGGAAGCUUCAGAGACGGGAAAUUUGUACUAAAAGUAUUCGGGGUUUUAGUAUCACUGAUGCUCAAGAACGAUUCCGCAAUAUUCGAUUGCAGGAAGAAUAUGAUACAUAUGAUCCAAAAGGCCCUUCUUCCGUCGUAUUGCCGUUUUUUAGGAAGAGGUCAAAGAUUAUUGAAAUUGUAGCGGCUCAGGACAUUGUUUUUGCCCUUGCACAAUCUGGCGUGUGUGCAGCGUUUAACCGAGAGACCAAUGAAAGGAUAUGCUUUUUGAAUGUCAGUCCCGAUGAAGUGAUAAGAAGUUUGUUUUAUAAUAAAAACAACGACUCACUUAUCACAGUUUCUGUCUAUGCUUCAGACAGUUACAGUUCUUUGAAAUGCAGAAGCACCAGAACUGAAUAUAUAAGGAGGGUUCAACCAGAUGCCGGGUUUGCUCUUUUCGAAUCAGAGUCUUUGAAAUGGCCAGGUUUUGUAGAGUUUGAUGAUGUGAAUGGGAAGGUACUGACGUACUCUGCACAGGAUAGCAUAUACAAGGUGUUUGACCUGAAAAACUAUACAUUGUUAUACUCCGUUGCAGAUAAAAAUGUACAAGAGAUUAAGAUCAGUCCGGGGAUCAUGUUGUUGAUUUAUUCUAAAACAAGCAGUCAUGUCCCACUAAAAAUCCUCUCAAUAGAAGAUGGUACUGUUUUGAAGUCAUUCAACCAUUUGAUUCAUCGGAAUAGUAAGGUGGACUUUAUUGAACAGUUCAAUGAAAAACUUCUUGUCAAGCAAGAAAAUGAAAACCUCCAAAUCCUUGAUGUUCGUACUUUUGAGCUUAAAGAAGUUAGCAAAACGGAAUUUAUGACGCCAUCUGCAUUUAUAUUCUUAUAUGAGAACCAACUAUUCCUGACGUUUCGAAAUAGAACUGUGGCUGUGUGGAAUUUUCGUGGAGAACUUGUAACUUCUUUUGAGGAUCACCUUCUGUGGCAUCCUGACUGCAAUACAAACAACAUUUAUAUAACCAGUGACCAGGAUCUCAUCAUAUCAUACUGCAAGGCUGAUUCAGAUGAGUCUUUGUCCGAAGGAAAUGCGGGAUCCAUCAAUGUCAGCAACAUUUUAACUGGCAAGUGUCUUGCAAAGAUAAGAGCAAGUAAUAGCUUUCCCAUUACAAAGGAAUGCAACUGCAGUGAUGAUUGCCCAAGUGGUGGCUGUAAUUCAAGGAAGCGAAAACAGGCCUCCAGAAUAAGGAGCACAGUCACAGAAGCCUUGGAAGACAUUACUGCUCUUUUCUACGAUGAAGACCGCAACGAGAUCUACACAGGCAACAGGCAUGGUCUGGUUCAUGUCUGGUCUAACUAA